AUGUUUUUUGAUCACAUAUUCGAAGAUCUCGACGACGAGCCUGAAGAGCCACCCCAAAAGCGUUGGUCCGAUGCAUCAGCGGUCUUCAAUAAAUACCACGAAAACAAAUCGGAAAGGAUGCGGCGUCCACCGGAGCGAGCCGUGCAGGACAUGAUCAACGUCUUUGAGCGAACGAAACGACUGGGGGAGAUGGAACUUAUGGAGAACAAUCGAGCUGAGAUUAUUGAUUGGCUACAUGGGAUCGAGGAUGUUCCCGAGCCAUCAAAUCUCGAAGGAUUCUUAAAGAAAGCCUGCGAUAGAAAGGUUAAAUCGCCAGAGAUAGACUCAAGCAAGCACGCUAAAUGGAGUGAACUGAGCGAAGUAAUCUUUUUUGCCGCUCACAAUACUUUCGUGGAAGGAUACUACGCACGAAUCGACUACGAGAAUAAACUCAAAAAUUAUGUGGACACGUACGUGCGUGAUGUGAGGGCGUGGUGGGCCGUCGAUACGCAAAGAAGAAAGAAUAGGCUUGAUCAAGUGGAACUACAAAAAUAUAAAGAGGCUCAAAAAUUGCGUGCUCAGCAACGUCUUGCAGAGAUGGAAGCAAACGAUCAAGCCAGACAAGAGACGACGCGGGAGAUUCUUGAAUAUUUGAAGGAGCUUGACAUUAACCGAAUCGUACAAGGAAAAAAGUGCACGGUGGAAAAAGCCAGAGUAAUCUAUCAAGAAUCCAUGAGAGAAAAGGAUGCACGCGAGGAAAAGGAACGAUCAAGAAUGAUUGUCGCUAGCCCUCCUAGAAAUGAAGAGGAAUACGAGCCGAUUGAAAUUUCAAUCGACUAUGACGACGACGAUAUGAACGAACAGCUAGACAGUGAAGACGAGGAAUUUAGGAAUGAAUGGGCUGAAGUUGAAAAUGAAUGUCCAGAAGAAAUGACCACUUCUACGAGGCCACAACCGUCCGUCGUUUUAUCCCACAAUCUGACCGAAGAAUCCAUGGAUUUCAUCGAGUCAUCAGUGCCAUCGACUUCAAGAACCAUUGGGGGACCAAACAAAGGAAAUCGACGAGAACCGGAAAGAGAAAAGCCGUUGGCGACAAAAAAGAAACCACUCACUGACAAGGGAUUUCAAAAGACGUGGAACGCCGACAAAAAACUGCUAUACGAAGGUGGCAAUGCAAAGUACAUGGAUCCAGCAUUUGACAGAAUGCUUGCUGAAUCACCGGAAACUCGCUGGAACUGGUCUACGCAUAUGAAGCAUGCCCGGAACUUACUGAUGACCAUCCCAACCAAAUCUUGCUUACGUAAGAUUACAGCAGAGGCGUAUGCCGAUCUCCUCUCUAGUGAAAACGUCCAGUUGAGGAUCAAGUUCAUUGAGAGACGUCAGAAGCAAAAACGAGUUAAUUUCCAAGCUGAGGAUACGUGGAGUGUUAGAAUUUACACUCCUUCGUGUGACUUCGAUAAGGACAAGACUGGUUGGGGUCAAUUGAGUCACCUGAAUCUGAUGAAUGCGAGAGACACAGGACAUACACUGUGGUUUGAAAUUGGAUAUCAAUCCUUUCGAGACACGUUUGGCGACGUUAGCACAGAAGUGUUUCCUAAUAAGCGAUUGGAUGCUCUAAAAGAUUUUGGUGGUCUAGCUAUUGAUCAAGGAUUAAUCAAACAGGUUGAUAGAUUCGGACUGUUUCAAUAUUGGUUGGUCCCCUUCCCAUAUGCCUCAAAAGCGCCCGUCAAUUUUCUCGUUACCUCCAACCACAGUAAAGAGUAUGCCACUUUACCUGGAACUUUCAUGGAGCAAGCUAGUGCCCCACUGGAGUAUUUGGAUGAUUUGGAGAGAACUUUCCAUUUGUAUUGCUUUCCUCGUUUUGAUUACGCCGUCUAUGAUCGUAUGAAACCGGAAAAAAUACUCGCACAAAAUGAUCCUAAGAAAUCGGAAAAAAUAGCCGUGCAUAGAUAUGGAUAUGCGGCUUUGCAUGCAAUCAUCACCGACUCGGCUUUGGCUGGCUUGAAUUCCGAAAAAACAAACGCUGUUGUUUUUUUGUGCGGGGACAAACGUGAUUCUUUUCGGAGUUGGACGAAAUACCUUAGCAGCUACAAUCGAUCGAAUGAACCCAUUUUCCCACGUAAUGUUGUCUGUUGUUUGGGGGUAGACUAUUUGAAAAAGUUGGUGAACGAACAAGAAGUAUUGGAAGAAGAGGAAAAAGAUGCUCGAGCUCACCGAAGACAAUAUAGACUAUUUCGCCCAGGAAGGACAAUCCAAUGGAAGAGCGAAAAUGAGAGGAAGGCACUCGAAAGUCUAAAAGAGGCAAAAAUCACUUUUGCGUCUUCAAAUUAUGGCCGGAAGCACUACAUUGAAAAAUUCAACAAAAAACUUACCAUGGCUUCGAUUUGCGAAAAAGUACUUCAAAGGGAAGAAUUCGAAGAAGUGUCGGUGCAAGAGUUGGUUUACAAAAGGAUUAGCACUUAUGCGGCUGAUGUCUUUGGAUUUGCGCUGAACGUCGGUCAUGUCUUACAAAAUGAGAAAAAGCUGGCUCAAAAGAAGGGACUUUAUCACGAGGACAAGCCAAGAGGCAAUUACGUUAUCAUUAUGCAAAUUCCACCGCUUGAGCCGAUUGCAGAAUACGCAAAGAUUUUCAACAACACCUUGCAGCGAUUGCACCGCGAAGCUAUAACCAAAAACAAACAGACCAAAUCCUUUUUGAAGCUGUUGAGUUGGCCAGCUUGGGCAAUUCCUGAAAGACUAACAAGUGUUCAAACUGCUCCAAUUACUUCCAUGAAAAACCCGUUUGGCAGAUGCGAUAAUGGUUCAAUCGAUUUGAUGUAUCAGGGUUUUCGAGAGGCGGUUAAACCUUACAUUCGAUUCAUGGAUAGAUGCAUCUCUUAUGCUGAGUGGGAACAAUUGAUGACGGGAGAUGAGAAAUCUCGCUUCGCAAUUCUUGAAAGAAGGCCGAUGCUACAAAAGGCUUAUGAGGCAGAAAAGAAUAACAGGCGACGAGCGGAC